GCGGGGAAAGGCCAGUGCUGGCGGCGGGGCCGCCAGGGAUAUGCGGCAGCGGCUGUUCCCUGUGCUGAGCCGGGCUCUGCCGGGCUGGACGCGCCCCUGGGCCGCUCCGGCCUCGCGCUCUUUCCCUCAGGGCCGGCGGUGCAGCUCUCUCGGGUUUCAAAAGGAGACAAACAACAAAAUGAACAAUCCAGCUAUUAAGAGAAUAACAAAUGAAAUUAUCAAAUCACCUGAAGAUAAACGAGAAUAUCGUGGACUGGAAUUGGCAAAUGGCAUUAAAGCUCUUCUCAUUAGUGACCCCACCACAGAUAAGUCCUCAGCAGCACUUGAUGUCCACAUAGGAUCGUUGUCCGAUCCCCCCAACAUUGCUGGGCUUAGUCAUUUUUGUGAGCAUAUGUUGUUCCUGGGAACCAAGAAAUAUCCAAAAGAAAAUGAGUACAGCCAAUUUCUAAGUGAGCAUGCCGGGAGCUCAAAUGCUUUCACGAGUGGAGAACAUACCAACUACUACUUUGAUGUGUCACAUGAACAUCUAGAAGGUGCACUGGAUAGAUUUGCCCAGUUUUUCCUGUGCCCCCUGUUUGAUGAAAGUUGCAAAGAUAGGGAAGUGAAUGCUGUUGAUUCUGAGCAUGAGAAGAAUCUGAUGAAUGAUGCCUGGAGGUUGUUUCAAUUGGAGAAGGCUACUGGAAACCCCAACCAUCCCUUCAGUAAAUUUGGAACAGGGAACAAAUUCACUCUGGAAACUAGACCAACCCAAGAAGGAAUAGAUGUAAGGCAAGAGCUACUGAAGUUCCAUUCUACUUACUAUUCAUCAAAUUUAAUGGCUAUUUGUGUCUUAGGAAGAGAAUCCUUGGAUGAGCUGACUUGCUUAGUGGUAAAGCUAUUUUCAGAAGUAGAAAAUAAAAAUGUCCCUAUACCAGAGUUUCCUGAACAUCCUUUCCAAGAAGAGCAUCUCCGGCAACUUUACAAAGUGGUACCCAUUAAGGACAUUAGAAAUCUCUAUGUCACAUUUCCUAUACCAGACCUUCAGAAGUACUAUAAAUCAAACCCUGGCCAUUACCUUGGCCAUCUGAUUGGGCAUGAAGGCCCAGGGAGUCUUCUAUCAGAGCUUAAAGCCAAAGGAUGGGUAAAUACACUUGUUGGAGGCCAGAAGGAAGGUGCUAGAGGUUUCAUGUUUUUCAUCAUCAAUGUGGACUUGACCGAAGAAGGACUUUUGCAUGUUGAAGAUAUUAUUUUGCACAUGUUUCAAUAUAUUCAAAAACUACGUACAGAAGGACCUCAAGAAUGGGUUUUCCAAGAGUGCAAGGAUUUAAAUGCUGUGGCAUUCAGAUUUAAAGAUAAGGAACGACCACGAGGUUACACAUCAAAGCUUGGAGGAAUGUUGCAUUAUUAUCCUAUAGAAGAAGUACUGGCUGCUGAAUAUUUGCUUGAAGAAUUCAGGCCUGAUUUAAUAGAGAUGGUACUGGAUAAAUUGAGACCAGAAAAUGUUCGAGUUGCAAUAGUUUCCAAGUCUUUUGAAGGAAAAACUGAUCGAACAGAGGAGUGGUAUGGAACACAGUACAAACAAGAAGCAAUUUCUGAUGAAGUUAUUAAGAAAUGGCAAAAUGCUGACCUGAAUGGGAAAUUUAAGCUUCCAAUGAAGAACGAGUUUAUUCCUACAAACUUUGAGAUUUUACCGUUGGAAAAAGAUGCAACACAGUAUCCUGCCCUAAUCAAGGACACUGCUAUGAGCAAACUGUGGUUCAAGCAAGAUGACAAAUUUUUUUUGCCAAAAGCUUGUCUCAACUUUGAAUUUUUCAGCCCAUUUGCUUACGUGGAUCCCUUGCAUUGUAACAUGGCCUAUUUGUACCUUGAACUACUCAAAGACUCCCUCAACGAGUAUGCAUAUGCAGCAGAACUAGCUGGCUUGAACUAUGAUCUCCAAAAUACCAUCUAUGGGAUGUAUCUCUCCGUAAAAGGUUAUAAUGACAAGCAACAUAUCUUGCUCAAGAAGAUCAUUGAGAAAAUGGCUACUUUUGAGAUCGAUGAAAAGCGAUUUGAAAUUAUCAAGGAAGCGUACAUGAGAUCACUUAACAACUUCAGGGCUGAACAGCCUCACCAGCAUGCAAUGUAUUAUCUCCGACUCCUGAUGACAGAAGUUGCUUGGACCAAAGAUGAAUUAAAAGAAGCUCUAGAUGAUGUCACCCUUCCCCGUCUCAAGGCCUUCAUAGCACAGCUGUUGUCACGGUUACACAUCGAAGCUCUUCUCCAUGGCAAUAUAACAAAACAGGCUGCAUUAGGAAUUACACAGAUGGUUGAGGACACUCUCAUUGAGCAUGCUCAUACAAAGCCACUCCUUCCCAGUCAGCUAGUGAGGUACAGAGAAGUGCAACUUCCUGACAGAGGUUGGUUUGUAUAUCAACAGAGAAAUGAAGUUCAUAACAACUGUGGCAUUGAAAUAUAUUACCAGACAGACAUGCAGAGCACUUCUGAGAAUAUGUUUUUGGAGCUCUUUUGCCAGAUUAUCUCGGAGCCAUGCUUCAAUACCCUGCGUACCCAGGAGCAGCUAGGUUACAUUGUGUUCAGUGGCCCACGUCGGGCAAAUGGCAUCCAAGGACUGCGAUUUAUUAUCCAAUCUGAAAAGCCGCCACACUAUUUAGAGAGCAGAGUUGAAGCGUUCUUAAAAACUAUGGAGAAAUGCAUAGAAGACAUGACAGAAGAGGCCUUCCAAAAACACAUCCAAGCUUUAGCAAUUCGUCGUCUAGACAAACCAAAGAAGCUGUCUGCAGAAUGUGCUAAAUACUGGGGAGAAAUCAUUUCCCAGCAGUAUAACUUUGACAGAGAUAACAUUGAAGUGGCUUAUCUAAAGACCCUGACCAAGGAUGACAUUAUACAGUUCUACAAGGUGCUGUUGGCAAUAGAUGCUCCGAGAAGACACAAGGUAUCAGUACAUGUCCUUGCAAGGGAAAUGGAUUCCUGCCCUGUUGUUGGAGAAUUUCCAUGCCAAAAUGAUGUGAACCUGGCACCAGCACCACCACUACCACAGCCAAGUGUGAUUGAAAAUAUGACAGAAUUCAAGCGCAGUCUACCGCUCUUCCCACUGGUGAAACCACAUAUCAAUUUCAUGGCUGCAAAACUGUGAAGAGCCCCAAUGGAUGAAGAAAUGCAAAUGAUCAGUACUGACAUGGUUUCGGGCGACUUCGUGAUGAACAAAAUUAUUAAAUAUCAUUGGGAUAAAUGGUUCUGUUCAUUAUGGAAGUCCCAAGAAAUUCCUUCUUGGUUCAUUUGACAUUAGCUGUGUGUUAGGGAUAGAGUAUAUAAAAAUCAGUUGUGGUCAUGUAUCAUUUAUAUUACAGAAAACCUGUUAAAAACCAAAAUCAACUGACAUGAUAAUAAUAAAAAACUUGUAGAUGCAGUAUAUUUUUAAAAUAACAUAUCCCUUCAGAUUUUAAUUUUGAUGAAAUAACCCUCCAGAGCAAACAAAGUUGCUUGAAAUGGGCUUGUUUCUCCUGAAAAACACCGUUUAGUAUCCCAGUAAUUAUUUUAUUGGGAGUUGGAGGGGGUGAGAUAUGUAAGUCCUUUUUGGGAUGAGGUCAACAAUUUUUCUUAAAAAUAGAGACUUUCACAUUUUUUUGAAGUGACGUGUUGAAUGAUACUUUUUUAAUUGAUCCUUAAUGCAACCAACAUAUUUUCUAUUUAAGUUUUAUGAAGACCAGUGGGGCUGAAAAAAAGGAAAUUUGACAACACAGUAAUAGGUGAGAGAAUUGUGUUAAUGAGAAUAAUUGAAGAUAAGGGCAUGAUUUUAAUCUUUCUAUAUAAAUUUGGGGACAUUUUAUAUUAAAACUAGUAAAAUGCUGGAAACACUUUAUUAGUGCAUCUUAUUUUUGUUACCAAAAGUGUCACCCCAGUCUCUUGAUACUGUCAACAUCCUGUUCAGUUUUACAGCAUUACUGUGAACUGUCCAUUUGGUAUACCAAAUACUUUAUUUGGUGUCAUUUUUUGUUUUCAGUUGCAUAUGUGCUGAAGGAGAACUCAGUCUGUUUUGCCUCACCUGUUAUGUUGGGUCUCAGUCCAGCAAAGCACUCAUUAAUGCAAAUAACUUUAAACACACACUAGUUCUUUUCUCAAGAACAGGUGCAUGUCAAAUAGGGGCUCUCUGAUGAGUCAGAUGCAUUUACUAUUUUGAUAUGUGUAUGGGUCCUUCUUGUCCUUCAGGAAGGUGUUUGGGACAGUGCAGUGCUGGGGUAGCAGUGCCACAGCACGUGCUUCAGGUUACAUCACAAAGUGUUUGCUCCUACUUCUGGGAAGAAGGCUGUGCAGAACUCAGAAGGAUCAAGAACUCUGCUGAAAUAAUGUUUAUAUAUGUAUGUAUAUAUAUA